AGAAAGCCGUGUGAGUUCGCAAGGGUUUGUUCCAAUUCCAAAAGGAUUCUAGCAGCAAAGCACCCAUGGGUUCCCGCUACGAGGUGGAGGUUACCGUGGGCUCGGGGCAGGACCUCAAGAACGUCAACUGGCGCAACGGCGACCUCAAACCCUACGUCGUGCUCUGGGUCGACGACGGCCCCAAGUGCUCCACCGGCGUCGACCACCACGACGGCGAGAACCCCGACUGGCGGGACGACAAGCUCGUCGUCCGGCUGCCACCCUCCACCACCCGCCCCGAGGACGCCGUCCUCCACAUCGACGUCGUCCACGCCAACGCCGCCGCGGGGACCAAACCGCUGGUGGGGUCCGCGCGCCUCCCGCUCCGCGACGUCAUCGACGAGGUCGGGAUCGGGAGCAAGAAGGCCUCCCGCACGCUCCGCCUGAAGAGGCCUUCGGGCCGGCCGCAGGGGCGGGUCGACGUCCGCGUCGCCAUCCGCGAAGCCGCGCGGUACCACGAUCCGAGCCCGUACCCGACGCCCGCCGGCAGCGGCUCUCGCGACCCCUACCACGCCGCCCCGCCCCCGCCGGCCUACUACGGCCAGCCACCGCAGGCCGCGCCGUCGGUGGGGUACCCGGCGUACGCUCCUUCUGCUCCAGCGUAUGCGGCCGCGCCGCCGGUGGUUGUUGCCCCUGCGGCCACGGUCGCUGCUCCACAGAAGGGCAACAAGAUGGGGAUGGGAACAAGUCUGGCGGUGGGUGCGGCGGCCGGGAUGCUAGGCGGGUUGGCGCUUGCAGGAGGAGCUAGCUAUCUGGGGGAAAGGUUCAAUGACGGCUGCUGCGACAGCGACGACGACGACUACUAUUAGCCCAUGGGAAGGCCGGGAGGAACGAUCCAACAACAGGUCGAGAAGGGAUUGAAAUAAGUGAGACUCCAUAGCAAAAUGAAUCAAACAUUUCAACUUUAGCGUUCUGUUUAUCCGUAGCGUUGUUUGUAUUUUAAUUUGUUUGGUUGUAGUACAAUCUGAAUUGAUGAAUCACCUCAGGAGUUUUUCUUUUUCUUUCGA